AUGCCUUCAAACGAAGCAGAUAUCCAGCUUGCUAUUGCAGCAAUUAGCACAUCACAAAUACGAGCUCCCGCUCGACGCGAUUGCCAGCCCAACUCAAAGAAGCUUACUACGCUAGAAGAGGAAGUGGUUGUGCGUAAUAUACUUCAUCUAGAUCAGCGUGGAUUUGCGCCUACGUACGCAGCUGUACGUGAUAUAGCUGAUUCGCUGCUCGCGCAGCGCAGCGCAGGUCGCGUUGGCGUCCACUGGCCACGCAACUUUGUCAAGCGUACAGACAGUCUUACGACGUGUUUUAAUCGAGCCUACGAUAGGCAGAGAGCUCUGUGUGAGGAUCCUGUUCUUGUCCAAGGCUGGUUUAAGCUUGUAGAGCAGACGAAGAUGAAGUACGGCAUCUGCGAUGAGGACGUCUAUAACUUUGACGAGGCUGGCUUCAUGAUGGGCAAGAUCACGACUCAGCUCGUCGUGACUGGGUCAGAGAGGAGAGGCCGGCCAAAGGCUGUUCAACCAGGCAAUCGCGAGUGGGUGACGGUAAUUGCUGCAAUUAACGCUGCUGGCUGGACAAUCCCACCCUUCCUUAUCUUUGCUGGCCAGUAUCACCUAUCUGCCUG